AAGCAAAGCCUCUCCCUGGCAGACACACAACAGGAGCAGUCACGCCUUGUAGGACCUCUCACCGCGCACACACACACACCCACACACACACCCACACACACACACGCACAUACAUUGACAUUACAAUACAUUAGAUUGAGAUACGCUCAUGCCUUGGCCUGGUAUCCGAGGAUAGAAGAGAUAGGAAUUGAAUGUGAUCGGUUCUCCGCUGUCGUCUGAAUCGUGCCCCAGAGUCGAGGCCUGAAUCUCGGAGCAGCAUGGAUCUCCAACCACCGUCUCGGCCCCACCGGUGCGGCGGGCAGCCCCGGGGGGGAGAGGGGCCCCAGAUGCUGGGCCUUAACCGACGACUGGAAGCCUACCUGGGCCGGGUCCAGCAGCUGGAGGGGCAGAACCACCUGCUGCGCAGGGAGAUCCAGGCCCUGAGACAGGGCCAGCAGGAGGAGCGUUGGGGCUGGCCCGGCCUGGACAAGGAGCUGGGGAGGGCCAGGGCGGAGGUGGAGGCGGCCUGUGGGGAGCGGGACCGCGUGGAGCUGGAGGCCGGCUGCCUGGCACGGGAGCUCCAGGAGCUGGGGCAGCAUCGGCAGUGGCUGGCCCAGGCCCAGCAGGAGGUCCAGGCUCAGCUGGAGGACAGCGCGCGGGAGCUGGAGCAGGAGCAGAGGGCUCACAUGUGGCUCCGUGAGAAGGUGGAGCAGCUGGAGCAGGAGAUUCACCUCCAGAUCCAAGGCCACCAGGAGGAUGUGGAGCACCUGGAGGCCUCCCUGUGCUCAUCCAGACCGGCUGCGGGUGCGCCGUUCCCAGGCCCAGGCCAGCAGGCGCCCAGCGUCCUGGAGCUGGGACAGGAGUACUCCGCCAGGGCCACCCAGGCCUGGGCCGAGGCGGACGAGGCCUACCAGAGCCAGGUGCUCCGGCUGGAGGAGUCCCUGGACCAGGCCAGGGCCCAGCUGAACGAGGUGGGGCAGGAGAGGAGCCAGAGCCAGCAGAAGCUCCGCUUUCUGGAGAAGGAGCUGGCCGUGGCACGGGAGGUAAUGGCUGGUCUGGAGAGGAACAUGUCCCAUCAGGAAGACACACAUCACCAAGAGCUGCAGCACCUCCAAGGGCACCUGCAGGAGCUGGAGUGCAAGAAGGGGGAGCUAGGGGAGCAGAUGGAGCGUCUGCUGGAGGACAGUCAUCGUCUGCUGCAGCACAAGACGGCCCUGGGCCUGGUGGUGACCACCUACAGAGCUCUAUUAGACAAAAAAGAACGCACGCCUGCAGUGAAAGCACCAAGAAACGUUUACAUCACAGAUUCAAGACAAAAAGGUAUGAGGAGCAAUUACCGCACACAGGUGUCUGCACCCAGGCACUAUGCCAGUCAACGCUCAUCUUUCAAUGGAGUGCACGAUAAAUCAAGAUCCCCUGUUACCACUAAAACCUCCUGCGGGCUGCCUAGAUCCUCCGUGUGGGACAGAACCCCCCCAAAACAACACAACACAACAUCCUCGGCCGGGGGUCUGGUCGACGACAGGAACCCAGAGAAGUGUGUCACAAGUGUGACCUUGUAUCCAAAGAUACAGCGGAACGGCACAGAGGAGCACUUCAGGCACCAGGAGGUGCACGAGGAGGUGACCUACGCCGAGCCCCUGUCUCCUCCCAAUGAGCAGGAGGCCCUUGAGGAAUCUUUGGUUCAUCAACCAACUAUGGAGAGUCCCGUCAUGCACUCGAUGAUCAGCUGUAAGGUGGAGUCCGGAUUGAACACUUUUAAACCUGCUUUCAAUGCUGAGGAAAAACAUUGGCAAAUUCCCAUAAAAGAAAAAGCCAUAUAUCGUGUUGACACAGAAGAGAGAUCAGCACCUUUCUUGGACAAGAAUAGGGAAAAUUAUUCAAAGCCCACUCCUUUUGAUGCUUGGGUGGAGCCAGGGCAGGCAUUAGGGGAUACCUCAGACUCUGAGGCCGAAGCAGUGUACGAGCCAAGAGUGGGAUCCAACACAAGCGACCUAGCUUCCGAGGGAGAGCCUGAGGCAAGUAUCUUCGACCAGGUGGUCUUCAACCCAGAGGAGAAUGCCGCAGGCAUCCAUGCAGAUGGCUCGCUGCUCCGCAAGGUUCAAAGCGAGAGUGAAGAUAAGCUGUACCCUGACGGAGAAGAAAUGGACACCUGGGAUAGUGUCAUAGAGAGAAAGGCGGAGCUGAAGAAAGAACAGAGCUUGGAAAUGGACACCCGACAUGCAGAACCGGAAGAUAUGUCAGCAAGGGAGCCAGGGCAGCAAGAAGUGGCAAAAGUGAAUGUAGUUGCCUUUACGGAAGAAGAUGUUCAUUCAAGCUUGAUUGUUACACCCACUGGGACACAAUUCAGCGACACCAAUCAAGACCAGAUCCCACUUUUGGAGCAAGGGCAAGAAAAUGUAAACAAUGAGGAAGAGGAUGAAGAGGAUGAGGACUCUCAGAAUGUGUCUGUAUCAUGGAGGACGGAGGUUGAGAGUGACAGUUACGCACAGGACAAUACGUUGGCCGACACCCGACCCCUGAUCCAGUACAAGAGCGAUGAGGCUGACGGAAACAACCAGGCCUCACACUGUGAUGAUCUGGAAUCGAGCGAUGGGGAAGACAAGAUGGAGGCUGGAGGAACAGGAAGUGGAACCUGGAGUGACGGCAAGUCAAAGAGAUUUGGAACCAUGGACGAUCUGUGCGAAGAGACGGACGAGGACGCAGAGAAAGUGGGCUACGACAUGAGCUAUGCUCACGGUGACGACCAGGAUGUUGUUACAAAGGAGCAUGCCACAUUGAGAACAGAUUGUGAAGAGGAAAAGGAACAAGUUCAAAUGAUUAUGAAAGACGGCCGAGAGCAUUCAGAUGAGGAGACAGAAGACCUCACCCAGCGGGUGAUACCCAAGAAAUACUCGAAUGUGAAUAUGGAUUACAGUGAAGAUUUAGAGAAUGUGGACAGACUAGUGGAGCUAGAGUUGGAGGGCUUGUCCACCACCACAUAUACUGCACACUUUGCAAAGCAUCAGGCUAGCAAGAGUGAGAUAGCAACGUCCAUCCAGGAAGCCAAACCACAAGGGGUCGGCGAGACAAUCGGAGAGGAAAUGUUUAUCCGUGUAGAGCAUAGCAUGAAGGCGCACCAGGAACUUCUUUCAACCAGCGCCACAAACGAUAGGCCCAAUGAGCAGCUGUUCCUUGAUGACACCCAAUACAUUCAGGAUGAGGAUGAGGAAGCCAGGAAUACUCUGAUCACAGAAAACAACGAUAGUAAUGCGGCCAUUGUAACAGACGAUGAAUCUGUUGCAAUUGACUUCAAUGAGGGGUUUGAUGGCCAGGAGAUCAUCGAUGACUGUGUUAUGGAGCUAUCAAACGGCUCAGGAGAUGAGUCCCCCAAUGAUAGCCCAUACCGACCACCCAUUUCCACCGAGCAGGGAACUUCAGACCUUCAAGAUGCCUUGGUAGAGGCAACGGUCUAUCAUGAGCUACACAAGGCUGAAACUGUGGAGGAAUCUGAAGCUCCUCCAAAGCAUUCUGUGGAUGUUGAUACAGACCAAGAGGUUUGUUCAGUAGCUGCACAGAUAGUGAAAUGGGAAGGUAUAGGGAACCCUGCUGAGGCUACUGGUCAGUUUGCAGCAGGUGAAAGGUGUGAGAAUGUGGAAGCCACAACUGAAAGCAAUUUGGAUUUCCCUGAAGCCAUGCAAGACGAGAGGGAUAUUCUUCAGGUAAAGAGCUCAACAGAAUCUAUAAUGACAAAUUAUAAAAUCGAAAAAGACCUUCACAGUUUCUCCAGCUCAGAUGUAGAUGCAGAUUUCUUGGGUUCUUCUGUGUUGACGGGUGCCAACUAUCAACCAAAAUCUUCCUUUCAAGAAGCCACUGGGGAAGUUAGUCCGAACCACAGCCAAGGUGACAACCUAGUUUUGGGUAGUUUAGACGAACAGCAUGUAGCGAUGGGGAUCUCAAGGAUGGAGGGGGGCAUGGCUACAAGCCAGGUUACCAAGGGAGAGUUUGAGCAGAGGUCCUCAGAGAGGAAGCUGUAUGAAUGCAAGGAUGCCGCUGAGGAGGGCCUGACUCAUUCAGAGGACUCUGAAGAAGAGGGCCAUUCCUGGUCCUCUGGGGAGGAGUAGGUAUUCAGUGGAUCCUUUAGCAAUAAAGAAACAGUUGAUCAAGUCAUAUUCAGUGCUAUUGAAGUGUGUGAAAACAUAUUGCUGCUAGGUGCUACUGUCCAACUAAAGUUUGCCAUCGCUCUGGCUGUUUAACUGUAAUAAUGCUGUUAUUUAAUUUCCUGUUAAAACAACCAUUUCUCUUGCUAAAAUAACAAGGUAUAUCGUUCUGUCUUUGUUGUGGGCUGAAUCAAAGAAACCUGUUCAUUGCUACCAAGGGUGAAAGACCUAUUGACAGAGCAAAGGGUUACCUUUGAGCAUUUGUCUUAUUGAUCGCAGCCUAAUCUGAUUGAGAUGAGGGCUGGAAAUUCAAAAGCUCAGAGGCGUGGUGUCAAGGAUCCGCUGUCUCUGAGGAAAUAAGACUAGGCUAGAAUUUCUAGCAGGGAAUCAGCCCAUUACACUCCAUUAUAAUCAACCAUCCGCCCUGUGUGCAUGUCUCAAGGUGUAUCGAAGGAGUAAGUUUCGUUUAUUUUAAACAGACUUGUGGGCAAUGCUUAGCCCAAUAGCUUUAAAAACUAUACUAUUGGAACAUUUUAAUGUUUGAGGAAUUGAUGUCAUUCUAUUGCUUAAGCUACGCAGAUACUUAAUAAAGUGUGGCAUUGCCUUGGUACUUAUUUGUUUGAAUAAACUGUAGAUUCAAGAAACAUUCUAUGA